CUGGUCUUGAUAGAGAUGCAGAAGAACUUGGUCUACUUCCAGAGCAAAGAGCAGAAGAGGGAGGCUUUGAAGCUUCUCGAUCUUGAAAACGUUCAUGCCUUGUUCGAUGAUUUCAUUCAAAGAGCUUCCAAAUGUCUUCCGUCUUCUUCUUCCUCCGCAUCGUCAACGCCCAAGCCUGUUGCUUACUCCAAUGGUUCUGCUCCCACUUUCUCGAAGACGAAGACGCCUCCAUCCGCCAUUAACAACACUUCGUCAUCGCUCAACUCUACUGCCACUGCUACUACCACUUCAUCCACCUUGAACUUCUCCGAGAAAGUCAAGACUAAGGAAUUGUUCACCCGCGAUGACAGCUACGUGAAGCCCAAGUCUUCAUUUAACACCGAUAGAACUGGGUUUCCAUCCACGCCUCAGAUAUUUGAUUCCACUCUCAAGACUGGCAGCCUGGGACAAGAUGGUGAAAAAUUGAGUCUAAUAAAGCUUGCUAGUUUAAUUGAAGUCUCAUCAAAGAAAGGAACACGGGAUCUCAAUCUUCAAAAUAAGUUGAUGGAUCAAAUUGAGUGGCUUCCUGAUUCUAUAGGAAAAUUGUCUAGUCUGAUUACCCUUGAUUUGUCUGAGAAUCGGAUUUUGGCCUUACCCGACUCCAUUGGAAGCCUUUCAUCACUGGUGAAGUUGGAUUUGCAUUCAAACAGAAUUUCUGAGCUUCCUGAAUCUAUAGGAAAUCUCCUAAGCUUGGUCUAUCUGGAUCUCAGAGGAAACCAAUUGUCCUCUUUGCCUCACACAUUUGGUCGGUUGGUUCGGCUUGAGGAGCUUGAUUUGAGCUCAAAUAAUCUUUCUUUGAUCCCUGAGACAAUUGGCUCCCUUAUUAGCCUCAAGAAAUUGAAUGUGGAGACAAACGAUAUCGAAGAAAUUCCCCAUACUAUUGGUCAGUGUUCUUCGCUUAAGGAGCUUCGUGCAGAUUAUAACCGGCUUAAGGCCCUUCCAGAAGCUGUUGGGAAGAUAGAGAGCCUAGAGGUUCUGUCCGUGCGCUAUAAUAAUAUCAAACAAUUACCAACAACAAUGUCAUCUUUGUCAAACUUGAGAGAGCUUGAUGUGAGCUUCAAUGAGCUUGAAUCGGUUCCUGAGAGCUUAUGUUUUGCCACAACGCUUGUUAAGAUGAACAUAGGAAACAAUUUUGCCGAUCUGCAGUUUCUGCCAAGGUCUAUUGGGAACCUUGAGAUGCUUGAAGAGUUGGAUAUUAGCAAUAACCAAAUCCGUGUGCUUCCUGAUUCUUUUAGGAUGCUAACAAGAUUAUGUGUCCUACGUGUGGAAGAAAAUCCAUUGGAGGUGCCUCCUAGACAUAUAGCUGAAAUGGGUGCACAGGCUGUUGUUCAAUACAUGGCUGAGCUUGUUGAAAAGAGGAAUGUUAAGUUACUACCCAGUAAGAAGAAAAAGAGUUGGGCUCAGAUGUGCUUCUUUUCGAGAUCUAACAAGAGGAAGCGUAGUAGCAUGGACUAUGUGAAAUCCUGAUUAAUGAUGCUGAGAAAUGACAGCCUCCUUUAUUUGAGUUUCAGGGGUAAUCAGCUAAAUGAGAACAGAGAUCUUUGAGUCACCAAUCCUAUACUUGCAAAACGUGGAGUUAGCACCAAGAACACAAGCCACAGCCCUGAAAAUUUACUGCACAAUUUGUAAAUUUCCUCAGUAACUUUUACCUUUUUAAUUAGUUACAUUCUAUUACUAAUCUUUCAAUUGUAUUUCAUCAUGUGUUUCUGCUGUACUUGCAUUGUAAUGAGUGUAUAAUCCUGACAGC